UCGAUCAUCUGCAGUCUCGUGCGCCGCCGCUCCCUCGAUGCUCGUCCACGGCCUUCGUCCAUCGAAAACUGAAAAGCAAGCGGAACAAAGUCCGAGUACCCGCUGGUCCUCUCGCGUCUUCUGCUCCCUUCUUCGCGGCCGGCCAGCGACUGCCGCUCCGUCCCGGCUUUUCUCCCUCUUCUCUCAGAGAUCCAGGGUAGGAUUUGGUAAUGGAGACGCAACGUGAAAACAGUGCAUCCAAUCUCCUUGGUGGUGUUUGGUGCUUUCUCCGUAAAUGCCUCUUUUUUGUGCUCUCUUUUGGUCCAAUGCCUAACCAUAUUGCGUUUAUCAUGGAUGGAAAUCGUAGAUAUGCCAAGAGCAGGAGAGUCAAACAGGGUAAUGGUCACAGGGCUGGUUUCACAGCUCUCACAUCUGUUCUCCAAUACUGUUAUGAGAUGGGUGUGAAGUAUGUGACUGUAUAUGCUUUCAGUAUUGAAAAUUUUAAACGACAACCUGAUGAGGUGCAGUCGUUGAUGGACUUAAUGAAGCAAAAGAUCGAUGAAUUGCUAAAGGAAGAGAGCAUUGUGAACAAAUACAGAAUUAGGAUUAAUUUUUGGGGAAACCUGAGUCUUUUGAGCGAGCCGGUAAGAUUAGCAGCUGAAAAGGCAAUGGCAAGCACUGCCAGGAACACGGGACCAGUGUUUUCAGUAUGUGUGGCCUACACGUCGACGAAUGAGAUUAUGCAUGCUGUUGAAGAAUCAUGUGUAGAAAAGAGGGGCAGAAUACGGAAAGGGUAUAAUAAUGGUUAUAAAGAUGAAUCAGUUCAGGCAGAUAACAAGGAUAGUGUGAUUUCAGUCACUGAUUUGGAGCGGCACUUGUACACGUCUGAUUGCCCUGAUCCUGAUAUUGUGAUCAGGACAUCGGGAGAAACUCGGCUGAGUAAUUUCCUUCUCUGGCAAACUACUUUUAGCCACUUGCAAAAUCCAGUCCCUUUAUGGCCAGAGUUCUCUUUUAGGCACCUCGUUUGGGCCAUUUUAGAAUACCAGAGGAUCUACCCUUAUCUAGAACAGAGGAGAACUUCGAGUAAAGAGAAAAAUUGAGAGCUAUGAUGUUUAGCUUCAGAAGUUGUGCCACAUUUCAUUAGAUUCAAUUGUGUUGCAAUGAUAUGAGCUUUAUCUGUUUUAAAAUGAAUACAAUGCUGUACUUGCAAUUUUGUGCUGGCAUGAUUGUUUGAGGAUGGUACUCGUGAUAAAGAGGUUGAAAUUUGAAAAAAAGGAGGGUAUUAUACUUUUUCAUGAAAAUUCUUGGUUUUGGUGGAGGCAAUGCUCUUUCAGCAGGAAAUUAGGUGAUUUGACAUGUAACUUCUGUGUCACAACGGUUCUAUUGUUUUCCAUAAGCAUAUGCCCCUUCAUUUUUA